AUGAUUACAAGCAACAGAGAGCAUAAAAUUGUUAAUGGUUUUACUAGACCGAAACACCCAUUCCAAGUUUUUACUAUGAUAUUCUUUAUUCAAUUGAUGUGUUGUGUGUCAAUUGCAAUAGUCCCAAUAACUGAUUUAAUAGUUUAGGUAAAGAAGAUAAUUUAACUAGAUUAUUUUAGCAUCCUUUUUCUACUUUUUAGCCUUAAUGAUCUUUUUUUAUGCUUUUAAGACUUCCUACAUUGAUCCAACUGAUGAUCUUAUAAUAUAAUAAAGAAGUGGAUUGAAUAUGUAUUUAUGGUUCAUUGAUAUUUAGACCAUUGGAUCAAGAGCUCUAUGAUUAUUUUUGUUAAUUUUGUGACAGCUAUGUAAGUGGUACAACUAAGCAUUGUAAGGUCUGUGAAAGGUAGAAUAUUAAUUAAAUUUCUAGAUGCGUUUCAGAUUUUGAUCAUCAUUGUAAAUGGUUGAACAAUUGUAUUGGGAAAAAGAAUUAUUAGGAAUUCUUCAAAUUAUUAGUUUUAGUAUCUUUAUUCGGGAUCACCUUUACUAUUUUUGCAAUAUUUUCAUACUUCUUUUAAUCUCCUAGAAUGAUGAUAUGGAUUUGGAUAAAUGUAGGUUUAGUUGGUCUCCUCUUUAUUCUUAAUUUCAAUCUAAUGAUUUUCCAUUUUUGGUUGAAAUUUAAAGGAAUUACCACUUACUCUUGGAUUAUGUAAAAUAGAUAGAAAAAAUUCCAAUAACAAGUUUAAAUAGAAACUCCUCAAAGAUUUUGGUAAACUUUCAUUCAUAUCUAAUAUAAUUAGUUGUAGUUCUAAAAAAGUCAGAAAAGCUCAAGUAAAUCCGAAUUUAGAUUAAGAAGAAGAUGAAAAUUAAAGGUAAAAUAUUGAAAUGAAGUAAAAUGAUGAAUAGAGUCAAAUUAAAUAACAAAAUGUAGAGAUUGAAGGAGACUCUGAUUCUAUUCAAGAUAAGAAUUCCAAAAGAAAAUGCAGUUCUCACACAAUUAACCCAUAAAUUAACAGUUAAAUAUAGGAUUGA